CCCCAUGACCCAUUCCAACCUCGGACGUAUGAUAGAGAAGAUAUCCCCUUGUCUUCUCUCCUUCUUUCCGUGUCGGAUUCCCUCCACCUUCCCACUGCCAACAGUAACCCCAGAGAGCCAGAUACAAAAAGUCAGAAUGCUCCUCCUCUCUGCCCUCCGGAUAACGAGAGAUGCCCUCUUCACAAGACAUCUCCCCUUGCGCAUCCGCCUCUUAAUGCUAACACUGCAACCAAUUACCUUGCUCACAUACACUAUCGAAUGGUUCACAGCACGCAAGUUCCCGCACCAGCAGGACCUCAGGAUCCCAUUGAAACGCGCGGGGAAGGGGAGGACUGUUAGGGCUGUCGUCUACUUGCCUCCAGCAAGACAAUCCCUUCACCAUACUACCAGUACAAGUACAACAAGCGCAGCAGCAGCAACAACAACAGAAUCCAGCCCCACAGAGCGAACCCUAAAAUCAAAGAUCCCACUCCACCUCAACAUCCACGGCGGCGCCUUCCUAGGCGGACUACCCGAAGGCAACGCGCGGUUCUGCGCGCAGCUCGCCAGGGAAUCUGGUGCUGUUGUCGUCUCCACGGGGUACCGGUAUACGCCCGUGGCGAGGUUCCCAGAUGCGCAUGAGGACGUGCAGGAUGUUGCAGAGUGGCUCCUCGAGCACGCGGAGGAGAUGUGGGGUGCGGAUCCGGGCUGUUUUACUGUGAGUGGGUUUUCGGUUGGGGGGAAUUUGGGAUUGGGGGUUGCACAGUCGUUGGUCGGGAGGGGGGAGAGCGGGGAGGUGAGGGGGUUGGUUAGUUUUGAGGGUGUGAUGGACUUUCGCAUCCCCCCCUGGCAGAAGCCCCGACCAAAGGGCUUCGCAGAGCACGACCCGCUUCAAUUCCUACAACCCCUCUUCGACGCCUACGCAGGCCCUAACCGCGCCCGCGACAUGGCCAAUCCCCUCCUCCAUCCCAUCCUUGCACCCAUCAGCACCCUCCCACAGAACCUAUUCUUCAUUGUUGGCGGACAGUGCAUCCUGCGCUCCGAGACCGUGGCGACGAUCGAGAGACUCGAAGCGGAAGCAAGGUCGAUCAAUGCGGCGAACGGGCUCGGUCAGAGUGUUGUUGAGGAGAAGGGCCCUGAUGGGAGAGCAGUUGUUGUCAAGAGCUAUGUUGCCGAGGGCCAGAUUCAUGGGUGGACCGAGAUGCCGUCUUUUGCGGUUGAUGUGGAGAAGAGGACGAGGGCGUUUGGGGAUGCGGUGCGAUUCUUGAUGCGGGUUCAUAGGGCUUAUGGAUAUGUACAUUUGGAGGCGUAG